AUGAUUGAAGAAGUGGAAGGUACUCAACCAAGAGACAACCAAACAUCCGCUCCUGCUCCUCGAAGACUGGAAGAUCUAGGAACUAGCGAAAACCCUAUUGUACUUGGAGUUUCACCGGUCGAGCAGAGAAACUCGAACGAACAUACACAUACGCGCGGCCGCGCUAACGGUACACUGAGACUGACGUCACGAAGGAAAUGCCCACUUGGGGCAUACGUGGAAAUUAUUGACGAAUUACGUCCUUCUCAUCAGCUGCAAUCGAACAAUAAUCGUGGAUCGACUACCACAAAUGCAGCAUCUAUACCACCUAUAAACUUAAGAGGUGAACCGGUCGAGAGUACAUCAAUAGAUGCACAAGUGCCUCUUCUCAGCUCUGAGAAUGAGAGCACUACUGGCAGCACCACGACAUCGAAUUCGAAUGUUGGGGCUGGUAAUACUCUUUGCGUCCCAGCCAGUUUCGAAAUAUUAAUGAGGUGCUCAAUUUGUAUGGAGAUCUUCCAUAACCCGGCAAACGUUAUCCCUUGCAACCACAAGUUUUGUUACUCCUGUCUUUUGUCUUGGAAGAGGACCAACCAGGCGGCUGUAUGUCCACAGUGUCGCGGUCCAAUCCACAGCAUGCAGAAGGAUCCUCAGUUCAAUGAGGUUGUCGAGUCUUUCUUGACUGCGAACCCAAGUAAGCGUCGAAGUGCCACCGAGUUAGAAGCCCUUGAUGCCGUAGAAACCGAAUGUUUGGCCUAUCAAGGUGGAGGAAUGCGUGGUCGACGUCGAGGAUCUACACCUCAACCCCGCAGUCGUGUCUCUAGAGACAGGACAAUCCGCUCCCCACUAGUUGUUCGACACGACAAAGAGGGCAUCAUGGAAUUAUGGAAUGGUUCGGCAUAUAGGAAAGUUAAUACACUAGAAGGGAUGAUGUCGAAUGUUGUCUGCGUAUUUUCUCAAAUUUGCUACGAAUUAUUUUCAACUUGUCCUUUGUCUGUAAGCGGUUCACUCCAAUCAUUGGAGUUCUACUCACUGCAACUCGUUGAAAAAGAAACCACUAAACAGUACCAGAAAAGAAGAAGAGAAAGGAAUCACAGCAUAUUGAAAUCAAAGCGAUCUAAGAAAACAAUUAGAGAAAUCCUAAGGAGGCUUCGUAAUCGGGUUCGAAAUCGUGAUGUAGUACGGUCGAGUCAAAGCGACAUGAAGCUCGGUGUAAAUGUGCGAGCCGCCCCGCCGGAGGCAGCGCGACGGAGCUGGCGGUUCGCGAUCGAGAUGGGACCAUCGCGAACUGCAGCGAUGAGUGGUGCUAUCAAAGGUCCCCUUCUCGAUCCUACGCUCUACCACACCGCACCGAGCGCAGCCCCUAACACAACUGCACCGAUAUUCAUGCAGUUUUGA